GAAUCCCGAGUCCGCGCGAGUCCUUUCCGAUCCUGCCCGAAGGCGGGGGAGGCGGCGCGACGAAAGCCGAGCUGUGCCGAGUGUGCUCCGAUCGCGCCCGAAUUCCUUUUCGCCGGCUCCAACGGAGACACCCGAACGGAAAGGGACCGAAUCCGACCGAAAGCGACCGAAGCGGGCCGAGCGCUCCGAUCAGGGCCGAAGGCAGCGAUGGGCGGAGGGAAGAGGAGAGCUCCGCUCAGGCAAGCGCAGGCGAGCGGCCGCGGCGCGGAGGCUGCCGGGAUGGUGACGGGCGGCAGGGAAGGGCACACAAGAUGGCGGCGGCGAGGCGAGAUGCUGCUUUAUGUGAAUGGGGUUUAUUAUAUCUUCUAUUUCCUGGCCACUCUCAUGAUGAUUGUGUACAAAAGUCAAGUUUUCAGUUAUCCAGAUGAUUUUUUGGCUCCAGAUCUUGUGGUGCUUUUCGUUAUGGCCAUUCUGGAAGUGCCUCGACUCUACUUGGGUUCCAAGGGUAACCUGACCGAAGAAGAGGCUCCGCUAGGGCUCAGCCUGGUGCUGACGCUGGGAAGCGUGGUCCUGGCUGUGUAUUUCCUGGCGUGGCAAACCUACGUGCUGCGAGCUGAUGUCAUCCUGAAUGCUCUGCUGCUCUCCACCUACGGGCUGGAGUCGGGGCUAAAGGUCAUGGCCAUUGCUGCUUUUGUCAGCUAAGCCCUGGCAGGUUGCAGCACCUCCUCGGUGCAUUUCUCCUAUAAACCAGCAGGUUUCUAGUCAAAUACUGAAUAUUGUUCUGCAGAUAAAAAUCCUGUAAAGCUCUCUGUUCAAAGAGCAGAUUUGUGAGGGGCAGAGCUGGUCGGUACCAUGUCCCAGCUGCCAGCUGUUUUCACUUAUCUAUGGGCAAAGGCAAGAGAUGAUGUCCAGCAGGUAAAGGGAGGAUCUCCUCUCCAUCUACUCUAUCCUGGUCAGACCACAUUUGGAGUGUUGUUCUAGGCUCCCACAACAGGAAUAUACUGGAGGGUGUGCAGGGGAGGCUGUCAGGAUGAAUAAGGGACUGGAACAUCUGUCUGGUGAGGAAAGGCUGAGAGCCCUGGGACUGCUUAGCCUGGAGAAGAGAGGCCUGAUAUAAGAUCUUAGUAAUGUUUACAAGUACCUGAAGGGAGGAUGUCAAGAAGGGGCCAGGCUCUUUGCAGUGGUGUUCUGUGAAAGUACAAAGGGCAAUGGAUACAAACUGAAACACAGGAAGUUCCACCUCACCAUGAGGAAAAACUCCAGGGUGCUGGAGCCCUGGAGCAGGCUGCCCAGAGAGGUUGUGAACAGAGGUCCUGAGAGAUUGUCAAGACCCAUCUGGAUGCGUUGCCAUGUGACCAGCCCUAGGCGAUCCUGCUUUGGCAGGGGAGGAGGUUUGCCUCCAUCUCCAGAGCUCCCUUCCAACCCCUACCAUUCUGUGAUUCUGUGAUUCAGCAAAACCACCACUUAAUGCUCUGGUGUUCAAGUAUCAUUUCUAGGUACUCAUUUCCAACACAAAGCAGUAACCAGAGCAUCCUCCAGCUACGUGCUGUUGUGGGGUGUUUUUAUAGCGCAGCAGCAGCAACGUACAACCAAGUGACACAGAAAACAAUCAGGCCAUACAGCCUGGACCUUUCUGCUGUUCCACACAGGCUGCUGUUUGAGGACACAGCUUCUCUUCUGCUCUCAUUUGUGUUUUCAUCCCCCACUGGUAAUUUCCCAGACUUUAGUAGGGCAAUGACUGAUAUAUCCCAAUGGGAUUGGGAAUUGAGGUUUGUGUGUACCUAGAGAGCUGAGCUGCAAGGUUUGGGCUGCUGGUUCUUGCUCUGUGGGGCAUUUUUGUUGCUACAGGGUGGCCUUAAGAGGAGCACAAACACUCAACCAUUCACUUACCCUUCUGUCCUGUUUAAAAGCUCACCAGAAUGUCGUUGGCUGUUGCUUCUUUUUGGUGUCAAAUGCUUUAUUUCCAUGAUUCUGAAAAAAGAAAAGUAAUAAAUUACUUCAUCAAAAAUA